AUGACCAACCAUAAUGCGUUAAUCUCCGAUGCAACAAGCAGCAUCGGAGUAGCAGUCAGGGUUCCGGUAUCGAACCAAUCUCUGUUUUCUUCCGGCGGUGGCCGGUCCAUCAGCAUUCCCCGGAAGAUGCUUGUACAGAAACUAGAAGCUGACCCAACGAUCAACUCUUGGAUCGAAGCCAUGAGAGCUUCUUCCCCGACCCGGACCCGACCGGGGAACAUUUCUUCCCUCCCGGAGUCCGAUGAAGAGGAAGAAGACUCUUCUUGGAUAUCUCAACACCCUUCGGCUCUGACCAUGUUUGAACAAAUCGCUGAAGCUUCGAAAGGGAAGCAAAUCGUUAUGUUUCUUGACUAUGACGGUACAUUAUCUCCCAUUGUAGAAAACCCAGAUCAGGCUUACAUGACUCCCGAGAUGAGAGAUGCCGUGAAAGGUGUGGCUAGGUAUUUCCCAACCGCUAUUGUCACCGGAAGAUGCCAAGAUAAGGUUCGUAGCUUUGUGAAGCUCCCUGGACUUUACUAUGCUGGUAGUCAUGGAAUGGAUAUCAAAGGACCUUCCAAGAAAACCAAACAUAACAAGAACAAUAGAAGUGUUUUAUUCCAAGCGGCGAAUGAGUUCUUGCCCAUGAUUGAACAGGUCUCUAAGUGUCUAGUGGAGAAAAUGAGAGACGUAGAAGGAGCAAGCGUCGAGAACAACAAGUUUUGUGUCUCCGUACAUUACCGUUGUGUUGAUCAAAAGGACUGGGGAGUAGUAGCGGAACACGUGACAUCGAUAUUGAGUGAGUAUCCGAAACUGAGGUUAACACAAGGAAGAAAAGUCAUAGAGAUUCGACCAACUAUCAAAUGGGAUAAAGGCAAAGCUCUCGAGUUCUUGCUCGAAUCUUUAGGAUUCGCCAACUCUGACAAUGUUUUGCCUAUCUACAUCGGAGAUGAUCGUACGGACGAGGAUGCUUUUAAGGUACUGAGAGAGAAAGGACAAGGUUUUGGUAUACUUGUGUCCAAAGUUCCAAAGGAAACGAGUGCAACAUAUUCUCUACAAGAACCUUCCGAGGUAGGAGAGUUUUUGCGACGACUGGUGGAAUGGAAACAAAUGUCACUAAGAGGAAGAUAG